CGAUCCAAGGAUUGUCCGGCUGUGCUCGCUGGGAAUCGCAGCCGCUCUCCUGCACUCGAUCGUCGCCCCCCUCCCACGCCUGCUUGCUCGGCCGCCUCUUGCUCUCGUCUUGCCUCUUGUCGUGUGUCGGCUCCCUCGAUCGUCGUCCCGUCCAGUUUUCUCUCCCUCCCCCAACAUGGCCCACUCCUCCGAUUCCAAGAAGCAAAUCUCGAGCUUUGGCGACCUGGUCUGUGGCUCGGCCGCCGGCAUCACUGGAAAGCUGGUCGAGUACCCCUUCGACACCGUCAAGGUCCGUCUGCAGACCCAGCCUCAUGCCCCGACCGCUGGCGGAAUCACCUUCAAAGGCCCGCUGGACUGCUUUGCCCGCACCAUCAAGGCCGAGGGAUUCCUUGGGCUCUACAAAGGCCUCUCGGCACCCUUGGUCGGCUCCAUGAUCGAGAACUCGGGUCUCUUUGUCGCCUACAACUACAUCCAGAGAGUCAUCCGAUACAGCUCAGGGACGCACCCCGACACACCGCUGAGCCUGUCCCAGCUGACGGCCGCUGGAUUCAUGUCCGGCGCGGUCAUCUCGCUCAUCCUCACACCAAUCGAGCUUGUCAAGUGUCGACUCCAGCUCGAGGGUCUUGCGGCGCAUUCGGCCACCGGAGCCAGCCCCGUCAAGCAAAAGGGCCCGUUCACCGUCAUUGCCGAGACACUGCGGCAUGAUGGCGUCGCUGGGUUCUAUCGGGGGCACCUCGGCACCUUCCUGCGUGAAGCCGGCGGCGGCGCCGCUUGGUUCGGCACGUACGAGCUCAUCAUUCGCUACUGGAUUACAAGCAGCACCGACCCGCAAGUGCGCUCCAAGGAGGACCUGUCGCCAUGGCAGGUCAUGGGCGCCGGCGCCGUGGCCGGCAUGGCCUUCAAUGGCUCGCUCUUCCCGGCCGAUGUCAUCAAGAGCCGACAGCAGGCCCUGCCCGGCAACCCGAGCUUCCUGCAGGUUGCCCGCGAGGUCUACAAGGCGCAGGGCAUCAAGGGUUUCUAUCGCGGAUGCGGAAUCACCAUUGCCCGCUCGGCUCCUUCGAGCGCCGUGAUCUUUGGAACAUAUGAGUUUACCAGCCGCAAGUACGCCCAGUACUUUUGCUAGAUGCCUCCUCCUCUCUAGACAUGCCCACAGCCACUCUUGCUCGCCCACCCCUCCAACCGAAUUACAGAGCUGAUCGCUCCCAGCAGGCUCUCUUCUCCCACCUUGGUAUCGUCGCCCCACCCCCGCCCUCAAAAGAAAAACAUUGUUUCAGUAAUCUCGCUACCCGUCGAUCCCAAAGCCCAAUGCCUCCCUAAACUGCUCGGCUCAUGGUCGGCCGAGCCAGGUCGCGCCUUUUGCAUGGCUCGCUAUGGCGGCUACCACCAGCGAUCCCAAAGCUGCUUUCUGC